CAAUACGUCUUCGACGGGAAAGCACACGAAGUUACCGUGCUACCGCACGGUAAUAGUAAGAGGUCACACGCUUCCCGCUACGUGAGAACGAAGAAGAGUGUUCUGGACGAUCUCAAAAAAAUCUCUGAGACCAAAAAACCUAAGCAGGCCUUCCACAAAGUAGAUGCGCAAAAAGGAGGGAUUUUGAAAGCAAAAUCAGAAAGUGACCUACCACGAAAUCGGGAACAGGCUCAAAAUCAGCGCAGGGGAAUUUCUGCUAAGCAGAUAGACUCACUCGUCUUGAUUUUAAUGAACAGUAAAAGGCAGCAGUUGGGGAGUCCUGAAAAUUCAUUCAUACGAGAAGUUAGUGGACCCGAACUUCGCGCUGUUCUUGGCUUCAAUUGGCAGCUGAGAGAUAUAGUGAGGUUCUGUACGAACUCUACGAAGUUCUCUGUCCUUGGCGCCGAUCCCACGUUUAACCUGGGUAGGUUUCACUUGACUGUCACUACAUAUCGUAAUCUUAUGUUAGUGGAUCGAAAGACUGGAAAACAUCCAGUCAUGCUUGGACCAAUGUUGCUUCACCAGAGGAAGACUUUCGAGACCUACAACUUCUUCUUUUCAAAGUUAGUGGGAUUGAACAAGGAAACAGCCUCGGUCCUUGCAUUUGGAACAGAUGGAGAAGAAGCCUUAAUCCAAGCGUUGCAAAGAAAUUUUUACCACGCCCUCCACCUAAGGUGCUUCAUUCAUUUUAAGGAUAACUGUAAGGAGCAGUUAAAGUCGAUGCCGCAGACCGUACAAGCACAGUUUCUGGCAGAUGUGUUUGGUCGAAUAAACGGAAGCACCAAAGAAGAAGGUUGGUAUAGUGAUUAUAGUGAUACAUUUUCUGGAUUUAAAUUAUAGAGACAGCUUAAUAACGAUUGCUUGCAUGCAGUGAUGAUGAUGAUAACCUUCUUGUUCUUGUUGUCUAUAGCUUACACAGUUAUAAACACCUAAAUACUGUGGAAAAACUGACAUAAUGCUCUUGAAAAUGAAUGUUUGAUUUGAUAUUUUUUCACUUCGUAGGCCUGGUUGACGCAGAAACGGAUGAAGAAUUCAUCGCGCAACUGGAGUCCUUCAAAGAAGUUUGGAAUAGAAGAGAGAAAGAGAAUCUUCCCCCAGCCAAAGCGCUCAAGUUCCAUGAUUACAUUUCGGAGAAGGUGACGUUUAACCCUCUAAAUAAAUCUAUUGCUAGUUAACAUCACAGAUUGACACCCAAGCGUGCCUUUUCCAUCCAAUAACUGUUUACAUCUUCUAUCUCAAAUAUAGUACAGAUUAAGAAAUUUGCUUUUAGGAACCUGUUACGCCUAAAUUUGCCAGUUAGAUCCCCUGUUUAGAAGACCCUUUUAAUCGAAAUUUUGAACAGGUUUUGGCAACAUGGGUGUCUUCUCAUCCCACCUGCAAUGUAAUGGUUUGUAGAUCUUAUACAAGAAAAGCUUAAUGCCACUUAAUACUCUUAGAUACCAUGUGUAUAAUAGCCUCACCUGAACAGCCUAAAUUUGAGCUAAUUACCAUUUAUGUAAGAAUUUGUUUAGGGUAACUUGGGAAAAGUUACUCGCGGGGUUUUACUGUAUUUCAAUAGAACUCUUUGUUUUAACAGGCACGCGAAAUAAUGGCAAGUUUCUUGAAACCAGUGAGAAGAAAUGCAGGACUCGGGGAUCCUCCAGACCCCUACUAUAACAACAUCCCCGAGUCAGCCAACGCCAUUAUUAAAAGAGCAGUAGAGUACGAGCCAAAAGAAAUGUCCAAUUUCAUCACGGAAAUGGAGGGAUUGAUUACCCAGCAGAAAAAGGAUUGCGAGGCAGCCGUCAUAAACCGAGGCCCAUAUACGCUUGUGGACGAAGAGAAAAGCUUGGAAAUUCCACCAGAAAAAUGGUUCAAAAUGAACGUCAAUCAAAGAGAGCACGCUUUGCAAAAAUAUUGGAAAACGAGAAACCAAAAGCAAGAGAGUGAGAUCUCCAAAGAUGACAAAAAAUGCCAGGAAAAGGAUCAGUUUCAGAAUUCCAGCACUCUCUCAGUCGAUCCUGAACAAUCAGGGCUGGCGGGUAUACCCUUGUUGUUGCUUAAAGAUAUUUUUUCCGAGGCAUCAAAGUUACUGGCCACCGAAGCAGCCAUAUUGCCAGCACCGUCGCUUAAAGAGAGCGCAUUUGUCGUUAGAAAUGACAAUGGUGCGAGACCAUACUUUGUAUUUCAGGAAGCUAAUGGGAAAGUAGUUUGUGAAGAAUGCGAAAGAUACAAAUCUGCAAAGAUAUGUUGUCAUUCUGUUGCUGUGGCUGAAAAAUGCGGCACACUUGAGAAGUUCAUUUCUUGGUACAGAAGAAGUCCGCAGACAAUUACUGCUACGAGUUUCCUAACAAGUGACACUUCCAAAACAGUGGGGAGAAAGGGAGAUCAAGAGAAGUCUUCGACGCAACGACGAAAGGGUGGAAGGUCAAAGGCACAGCGAUCUGAGACAGUUACAACAGUCCAGAGGGCCUACGCACCUCCGUCACAGCCAUUACGUCAUGUACAAGCAAAUACAGUCUCUUCAUAUGGUGCAUCGCCGCUGAUCACACUGCCAACAAGACCACAUUCGCCUGCGACUACCCUCGUGCAUUCUUCAGGACUUCCUGAUCAGCCCCCAAUUAACAGAAGAAACUACCCAUCACCAAGCUAUGGGUCUUUUGUGAUCUAUCCUUUGUCCAUGUGUCCACCGCAGGUAAGCACAUGCUACGGGUGCUCAGCACCAUUGAAGCCGGCUGGGCAAAUUGCCCCGCCACCAGGAGAUCUGGUCAUUGUCUCCAACAUGUUAAGAUCAUUU